UGCUUAACUGCUAAACACCAGGUUUCUUGAAAAUCCUACUAUUCUUGUUCAAGUAUUAGGAAGGAUCCAAUACGAUUCUUAUUAAUUCCUGAAGUACUUCUUCAACUAUAACUAUUUGUUACAGUGACCGGCCUUCAAAUCGAGGUCUAGAAACCUACAACGAACUAAUGGAUCUAUUUCCAUGGUAAAUGUCAAAGGUACGCCCUCAUAAGAGCUUCAGGACACCUCAGAUGUAAGGUUAUGUAUUUUUGUCGAGAAUCAAGAAUUCAAUAGGACGAAGGGUCCCAUUGACGACAACAUCACGAGAACAUUGUUAUCGAGCUCAAGCUUACAAAAAUGGCGACAGAAAUAAUAACAUUUAACAGUAUCGAUGAGAAUAGCAACGUUCCACAAAACGUAAGCAAACAACUGUUAAAGGAAUCCAAAAUGACCCGAACUUUUACUAGUAUUGACUCGGAUGGCAACGAAACGCGUGAGGUACAAGAGUUCAUCUCUUCUGACGGCGGCAAGGAAGGGAUAUCUAUUGAUGUGAAUGGGGUUGAUGAGGAUACAGGAGUCAGAAGGCUUAGUACAAGCAGUUUAGUAUCAGAUGGUACGCCCACGGAGAGCAAUGCAAAACACAAAGACACGCCUAGACCUAAAAAAGAUUGGUACAAGGAAACCCAAAGCAGCUUAGCUGAAGAACUAGACGACACAAGGCAGAGGAGUAGAUCCACGGAAGACCUUCUGUCGGACAGCAGAAGAUACGACAGUAGUAGCAGCAUUAGUAGCAGCACGUACAGUAGCCCUUACCGCAGCCAGCUGUCGGAGAGAAGCAGCUACCUGCAUGACGAUGAGGCUAGGAAAAGAGCCAUACAGCAGUUACUGGACAGCACCAAGAAGUUUUCAAGGAAUGCGUCCAGGAGUACGACUUCAUUUUCCAGCAAGUACCAUCUCGACAGCCUUGUGAGUGACGUCAUGUAUAGAGACCUGCAUAGGCCUUACUCCGAGCGUGCCACAUCGCCGAUAUCCGACCGAGGAUACAGCACUCCCAGAUACUCUAGUCGAUACUCUGUCGGCUCUUACGAGCGGCCGCUAUCUCCUCGAACCAUUUCCGAGCCGCGAGCCUCACCCAUCUCCCCGACUUUGGGAGAUUCCUAUAUGAGCAGUUACAGCUCCCCUGUUGAUAGUGAUGUCAACGAUGUGGAUAGCCGUGCCCGCCGCUCAAUCUACACUCGCAAUUACCUCUCCCACAAUGGGGAGGUCCUAAAGGAUGAGGAAAACAGCCACGAGGAGUUCUUCGACAGGCCUAGAAGUCCGCUAGGCCCUACACCUGAGAUUGACAGGCUCAGCAAGUAUUCAUCGACGUAUGGAAGGAUGUAUGGGCCGAAUGGAAGAUCGGAGAUUUCAACUAGUAGAAGCUUGUUGGAGGCCGAGAGGGCGCGGAUUGAGCGCAAGGCGUCUGGGAUGAGCGCUUUAAGGAGCAAGAUUGCUGCGUUGAGUAAGAGUGUCGGAGAGUUGAGCAAAUACAGGGACCGGAGCUCCCAUCUGCGAAGUUAUGUGUCAGAGCAUGAAGGACGACCUUCUGUGGAGGUCAAGAAAGACUUGCCCAAGAUGGACAGAUACGGGAUGAGGAGCAAGAGAUUAGAACCAAGGCAAUUUGAACUGGAAGGAGAAGUCUAUGACAAGCCUGACCCCACGAUCCCUACCCGGAUACGCUCAUCCGAACCCAUCUCAUCACCAGUAUCCAUUGAUCCUGUCGCUUCCGCACCGCCUGAACGCGUGACGUCAGACAUUCACGUGACGUCACCAACAAAGACGUCAUAUCACGUGACGAUGGAGAAGACAGUUGGGGAUGAGCCUGUGAAAUUGGGCAGUCUGAGUGUGACCGAGUAUCAGAGGGCUGCGGGCCUUGGUAUUUAUAUACCGGAACAGGUAACACUGGACAAGAAUAGAAGUUAUUGGGUGGAUGCUCUGACAGCUGAAGACGUGGACAGGUUACAGAAGAUUGGCAACUGGGGAUGGUGGAAGGCAAACACGGUCGAGGGUGAUGGCACACUUCUAGGAAUACAUCCUUCGGAAAAGCACACAGGGGUGAUGCUGGCUACAUACGACACGGGUACAAAACCGCAGAAGUACAUGUGGAUCGGCAAGGAAGAUGGACAGGAAAGCGAACCCGAGCACACUGACACUCACACACUUACUAGGACUGACUCCAACAUGUUUGUCGAUCGGGCGAAUGAUGGGAGAGUUCAGCUGCUGAUCAGGGUUAAGGCAAAAGACUCUAGUGAGCCGAGGUUUAUCACUGUACGGCCUGGUCCCGUAGAAAAAGCGAUCAUUGUCAGGAACAAGUCAUUGAGCGAGUUACCGUCGUACGCCAAGUAUCACGUGACUAAUAUUACCUCGAGUGAGGGUAUCGAGCUGAAAGACGGAUUCGUCAAAGUUAGACUCGAGGAAAUGACACCAGAAUUUAGGGAAGCCUGGGGCAACAUUGUUGGAGUGACGCCUAAAGAGAUAAUGGAUCAAGACGCAACAAUAGACAUUCCAGUGAGCACCACACAAACAACACCAGAACCGAUCUACGCACGACCCUACAAGAAAAGGAAGUCAGCUCAGCUUGUCCGGGCGCCGACCAACAAUGGUCUCAAAGAGGUAGAACUCAUCGCCAAGGUAUCACGCGAUGAAAACUCACGUUCCCAGUCCACCUCAAGCAGUAGCUGGUCCACAACUACGUCAUCCAACCAUUCCUCCGUUCAGUCCAGAGGCCCUAUGCGAGUGUCAAUCCAUUCCGUCACUUCCAGACCCCGGUCCCCUGGAAGCACGUCAGCGUCUAGCAAUCAUCUUGAGACUUCCGAGACUGAUCUGUCCCCACUCCUCCCCCCUAGCUCACCCGAUUGUUCGUCCUCUGGCUUGUCGUCUUCGGCGUUCUCUGCCCACUACCCCUCAUGGUCUCCUCCCCCCUCCCCCCUUAGGAGAUCCCAGCCACUUGACGACAUCCCUGAGCAUGAGCAAGAAAGCGGACUGGUCACAUCCAACUGGGAACCGCUGCCCCUGAGCGAGGGCUCAGCGUUUGAAGCUGUUACGCCCGCCAAAACAGCGGAAACUAAAAAGUCUAAGGAAGGAUCUAAGUGGUUUUCAAAGAAGUCUAAAGAGACCAAGAAUGGAUCUAAAAAGGAAUCCAAGGAGGAGUCUAAAAGGGAUUCUAAGAAAGGCCAUGACCAAAUAGAUGCUGUAGAUGUCCAGCUACAAGAUACACCGAAAAACGGGCUCGUGAGUGACGUGGUGGAGACGAAGAAGAAUUCUAAGAAAGAAAAGUUUAAAAAGAAGCCUCUAAAGUCAAAAUCGGCUGAGAAUCUUGUUGAAGCCCAACGCACUGAUUUAACCAUAGUCCAGAGCCCGUACACUGAGUGGGUUUGGAGUCAAGACGCGAAACUUGUGCCAAAUUUGUAUAAUGCCCCAAAACACAAUACAAACGGGAAUAAGAGCAAGAAGAAAAGCAAGAAAGACAAAAAAUCGAUGAAAAAGGCAAGCAAGCAUCGCAAAGAGACGGGUGAUCCGCCGAUGCUACGCGCCAAGAUCCGCGGUAUCGGGAGCCCGGUCAGCGGCAGCUUCCAGAGAACCAUAAGCGAGUCAGGCAUCGACAACCUGAGGGAAGAGGUAGACUGGAACCAGAAGUCGUAUGCUAUGUCGCAGAAGACCAUGUCAGAGUUUAGUUCAUCGAUGGAAGAUCUUACACACGAUAAUUUUAUCCUGAGAAAGAGACCAGACAGUUCUGAAAUGCGGUCUGUGACUGUUAACCACGCGAAGGCGACAAGAGUUUUAAGUCAGCCGUAAAUUGGCUACUACAGGUAGAUCACUAAGCAAAAAAGGUAGAACAAAGAGCCACAGGAAAACAAAAGCCACGUGUAGACCAUAAAGCUAUAUGUAGACCAUUAAGCCACAGGCAGACCAUUAAGUCAUAGGUAGGCCAUGGUGCUAUUGGGCCCAAGUUUAAUCAAAAGGCCGCACCGCAAAGCCAAAGGUAAAUAGAAAAGCCACUGGGCAAACAAGAAAGCCACAGGCAGACCACAAAGCCAAUAAAAGUUGAUUAGAAAGGCCACUGGGCCAACUUGAGUGGGUAAACCAGAAAGCCACAGGUAGACCAAAAGCCACAUGUAAAACACAAAGCCAUAGGCAGAUAAAAAAGCCACUGGGCAUACCAGAUAACCACAAGUAGAUGACACAAAGCUAAAGGCAGACCACUAAGCCACAGGUUGGCCGCAAAGCCACGGGGCAAACC